AUUCGCUGCUCUGGAGUCUGCGCACUAGAGGUGGAUGAGCUACGGAAGCCGCUGCCCGGACAGAGCCAAGACCUUUCAGCUCCCGCAGCGCCAUGUGUGUGCUGUCAUCAAACUGAGAAGGCUGCAAGAACCAGUCUAAGUAUAAAUUAUAGUCUUCUGUCCAAGAAGACAUCGGUGGAGUGUUUGUAUUUGGACGAGCAUGGCGACCUCCAGCCCCUGUGUCGUGAUCAGCGACGAGGAGCAGGGCUACGACCUGGACCUGUUCUGCAUACCAAAGCACUAUGCUGCUGACCUGGAGAGGGUCUAUAUCCCCCACGGACUCAUCUUGGACAGGACCGAGAGGCUGGCCAGAGAAAUCAUGAAGGAAAUGGGGGGACACCACAUCGUAGCCCUCUGUGUGCUCAAAGGGGGCUACAAGUUUUUUGCAGACCUGCUGGACUACAUCAAAGCCCUGAACAGGAACAGCGAUCGCUCCAUCCCAAUGACCGUGGACUUCAUCCGUCUUAAGAGCUACUGUAACGACCAGUCGACCGGUGAGAUCAGAGUGAUCGGUGGAGACGACCUGUCCACUCUGACAGGCAAGAAUGUCUUGAUUGUGGAGGACAUCAUUGACACGGGGAAGACUAUGAAGACGUUAUUGCAACUGCUCAAACAAUACAAUCCCAAAAUGGUUAAAGUAGCAAGUUUGCUGGUGAAGAGAACACCACGGAGUGUGGGCUACCGACCAGACUUUGUAGGGUUCGAGGUUCCUGAUAAGUUUGUGGUUGGAUACGCACUAGACUACAACGAGUAUUUUAGAGAUUUGAACCACAUCUGUGUCAUCAGUGACGGGAAAGGAGAAGUACAAGGCCUGAGGAGCACUGUGCCAGUUGACUGUUCGCCUGUUUGUCUGUUCAGCCCUUUCUUCCACGGGCAUAUCAUGUUAUCAUCAGUGAAAUUCAGCUGCUCAGGGUCGCUGAGGACGAAGUGACGAUCACACCUUUCUGUUUUUUCUGUCUUUCACCAAACAAAUGUUAUCAUCCAAAACCUAAAAAAAACAAAACGCCUGCCUUAGAAAGAAAAAAACGUAGAGCCCAGCUUCACUUGAAAUUUAGAAAAAUGUAUGCUCCCCAGCUGUUUUAUUUUUUUAAGAGCUUUAGUAAUUUAUUCAAAGAAAUGCUGCUAGCAUGAAAUAAAAAACUCCUAAUUGAUGUGCAACCAAAAGAAUUCUUAGCCCUUGUUUUAAAAGGAAAGUUUUAAUGUAAUUUCGCUUUUUUAUGAAGAAGUUUCAGUUGCUGCC